AUGCAGAUGGCGGCGACCACCACCGACUCCCAGGCGGCCGUGCCGCCUCACCACCCUCACGCCCACCCCCACGUGCCCCCCGCAGCACGCUCACCCGCACCACCACAUGCCGCAGCCACGGUGGGUCGUCAUCCCGUACCCGCCGCCGCCGCCCAUGGUGGCCGCGCCACCGCCGCCGCCGCCGCAGUUUGCCAAGCACUUCGCUGCUGGGCCGCCCCAAGCUGCGGCCGGGCGCCGCACGCCGACCCGCCCGCGGCCGGAUCCGGCGGGAACGGGUGCGAGGAGAAUAAGACCAUUUGGGUUGGCGACCUCCAGUACUGGAUGGACGAGAACUACCUCCACAGCUGCUUCGGGCCCAGCGGCGAGGUGGUUACAAUAAAAGUUAUCCGCAAUAGGCAAACAGGACAGUCAGAGGGGUAUGGAUUUGUUGAGUUCUUUUCUCAUGCAUCAGCAGAAAAGGCUCUUCAGAAUUUUAUUGGUCAUGUGAUGCCAAACACUGACCGGGCAUUUAAGUUGAACUGGGCAUCAUAUAGCAUGGGUGAAAAGCGAUCUGAAGUAGCUUCUGAUCACUCGAUAUUUGUUGGUGAUCUAGCUGCUGAUGUUACUGAUGAAAUGCUGCUGGAGCUUUUCUCUAGCAAGUACCCUUUCGGUGAAAGGAGCUAA